AUGUCCCCUCAAGCUGCUGCAUAUGGAACCUGGGUCUCCCCGAUAACUGCCAAGUGUCAUUACUCAGGUUUGGGCUCCGUGAACCAUCAUUUGUUCUCGGAUGUGUAUUUCGCGCAAAAGCGUCCACAGGAAGGUGGUCCGCCAUCGUCAGGGCUAUUGAUUGUAAAGACCUACUUGGCCUGUCAUGGGAUGCGCGAACGCAAGUGCACGAGUAUGGAGGAGCUGCAGCCUUCGUUCAUGACUCUAUGCUGUAUUUCUCUAAUUUCAAUGACAAAAGAGUUUACAGAUGUGAGCUCCUACCCCAGUUACGCCCGAGAACAAGGCUCAUCGAUUCGCGGACUUUACUGCCCAUCCCAAAUGCCCUGA